CAGCGCCGUGCGAGACGGAGCCGGAGCCGGCGAUGCGGGGGCUCCCCUCCCUCGCUGAACUUCGCCCGUCCCCGAGGCGCUCCCGGCGAGGUGCGGGGCGGCUGGCGGGGAUCCCCGCCCCGCUCCGCCGGCAUCACAUGGUGCUGGGGGAGGGAUGGGGGAGCCGCCCCCCAGCCCUCGCUUCUCCUACAGUUUCUUCCAGUCUCAGCGCUCAACUCCGGCGAGGCUGGAGCGCGGCGCGGGGCUGGGCAGGGCGGGCUCCGCCGCCUGCUCCCGGGGCGCCGCUCCGCAGCGGAGGCGGCGGGGAAGCGGCACAAGUGCGCGGCGCCUCCGCUGCAUCUCAGCUUCUGAUGCCCCUUCGCGACUGCACGCCAGCCCGGCGGCCGCGGCUCCGGGAGGAUGCGGCUCUUCCUCCUCGCUGCAACUUUCUGGGGAUUGUGCCUGGCGCCAGGUUCGGGUUUGCAAAUACAGUGUUACCAGUGUGAGGAGUUCCAGCUAAAUAAUGACUGCUCCUCUCCAGAGUUCAUCGUGAAUUGUACAGUGAAUGUUCAAGAUAUGUGUCAGAAAGAAGUAAUGGAAAAAAGUUUUGGAAUCAUGUACCGCAAGUCCUGCGCCUCCUCGGCCGCGUGUCUGAUCGCCUCCGCCGGCUACCAGUCCUUCUGCUCUCCUGGCAAGGUGAACUCCGUCUGCAUCAGCUGCUGCAACACUCCCCUCUGCAAUGGACCCCGGCCCAAGAAGAGGGGGAAUUCUGCUGUGGUGCCAAGGGCACACAUGAUAACCACUCUUCUGCUCCUUAAAUUUGCUCUGUUGUUUUUGUACUGCUAAACUUCAAGCAAGUUGGUUUGGUGGUUUUUUUCCCCGACACAAUUUGUCCUGCAUCCUUCUUUCUUCAAAGACGCUGCAAUUAUUUUCUGUUUGUUUCCAAAUCCCUGUCAAGAGCAAGGGAAGUUCAGUGGUUGUGUGGAGAAGAGGGGCUGAUAUUUUUGUCAGCUAAUAAGUUCAGUUAGCAGAUUGAAUUUCCAGUGUGCACUUAAAAAUCCCAACAGGGUACAGAACUCCUGUUCCUUUUGCAUAACUGGAAACAAAUCCAUCCGAGUUAUUCCUUUUGCAAUGUUGUCGCUUUCCUCAGUCAUUUCAAUGUCCAUGUUUUUAAGCUCAUUGCUAAGCAUUAACUUUGCCUUAUGAAGUCAUACUUGGUGUUCACAAAGGCCGUUCUGUGCGCCCUGGCCGGGCUCUGAGCCGGUCUCGAGGGGCGCCGUUUCCAAGCUGGGAUCUGGUGGUGCAGGACCCGGCUCCCGCGGGCUGCAGCUGGGCGUGGGCUCCUUCUGGAAGGUGCUCAGGACAACUUUGGUGUUGCCCUUGGUGGAAGACCCGCGCCUGGAGGACGUGAAGAGCAGCGGGCGCAGGGAGCGGCUGCUCCGCGCCCCGGAGCUCUGGUUGGCCCUGAGGAACUUCUCCCUGUUGGCGUGCUGCAGGGUGAGGCGGCAGCGCAGGACCUGCAGGAACACGCUGCGGAACUGCCGAGAGGAGACGUUGUACAGCAGCGGGUUCACCACCGAGCUGAGGUAGAAGAAGAUGUCGGCGAUGGGAAGGAGGGUGAUGUAGGCUCUGAAGUAGGGGACGGUCCAGUCCUGCUUUGGUUUAGCAGCAGCCAUGAUCCUUCUGACCUGGUUUGGCAUCCAGCAAACCGCCAGAGUGGCAAUGAUCAGUCCUGCGGGCAGAGAGAGCAAGAAAGAGGUCUGCGUACGUGGGGGAAGACACACAAAAUGCUAUCAGUUCUGCACUUCCUUGUUAGGAAAUGGUACCAAUUUUUCAGUGUUUUGCUUGACAGCUUUUUCUGCCAGUAGCAUUUUUUGUUUGUUGUUUUUAAUAACUGUUGCAAGGUCAUUGUGGCACAUGCUCAGACAAAACACUGCAUAGCGUUUGGAUGGUGUUUCUUUGUGCCUGUUGUCAUUUAUUGGUUUUCUCUGAUCAUCUGUGUCUUUGGAAAGAAUACAGUUUUAUUUUGGUUUACAUUUCUUACAUUUCUUCUGUCUUUCCCUUUACUUUGAAAAACAAAUACAGUAAAUAGAACCUAUAGCCAUAUUAGAUCAGGCAAUACCCAGAAGAGAUCAGAUUCUUGUUUGUACUUUACAAAAAAAAUGUAUGCAUAAUAAUAUAUUUCGUGUUAUUUUUGGUAGAUUUCCUCUUACAGAAGCUAUUUUUAAGUAAAAUGUGUAUGGAUCUUUUUAUGGUAAUUAAGAUAUGUUGGGCUUUCUUAAAAAUCAAAUUCCAGUGGAAUUAAAUGAUGAAUGUAAAUGAGAAAAACCCAAGCCUAGUCAUGAAAGUGUAAGCAGUUUCAGAUUGUAAAUUACGCUUUAAAAUGUGGUAUCUGACCAUUUUGUAUUUAUAUGUAAAUAUAAACACAUGUUGCUGCAUCACUAAUGGCAUUAAAAAGGGGUGGCUGAAGUGUUGGAUGUCUGAAAAUUCUGCCUGCGUGGGGCGUGUUCCGCAGGGUGCAGCAGCCCUGCAGGAACAUGCCAGGGACUGGAGCUGCCUGUUCCCAGGCAGGACAUGGAGCAGGAGCAAGGCAGCUCAGUGGCAUCCUCUGCUGCUGCUGUGUGCCAGCGCUGGAAACCCUGACACCUUGUGUGACAUCCCAGGUACACCAAGUCACUGCUCCUGCUGCUCCUCCCGCCACCGAGCAGUGCUGGCUCACAGUGCAGCCUCCAGUUUGCUGUCCCCUCUUUGCUCCUCUCUGUGCAGGAACUGUGCCUUACACAAACCUUGGAGGGAGCAGAAGCUGUAGCCUGGCUGCUUCCCUGCAGCAGGGAGUGUCCUGGUGGGGCAGUUCUCACCCUGUGUUAGCUUCAUCCAGUGCCUGACCUCUGCUCCCAACAGCAGCACAGAAGCUGUUUAAUUCUUACUUCUCUAGGCUGAGUCGGAUUGCCCCCACUGGACAGGUCACUGUGGCAAUGCCGUUCAGAAAUAGCAGGGUUUUGAAGCCAGGAAAAGGAUACUUCACUAGCAGGAAGAUGUGAAUGUAGCAGGGAAGGGAGGCAGGAAAUAGAAGAUUUUUCAUAACUUUGAAGCUGCCAGAGCUUCAUCAGGCUAUGUCCGAGUUCUUGCCACCAGUAACCCCAAGCAAAGAAAAGGUAUGAAAUGCCUUUUAAAAAAUAAAUUUCUUUUUUUUUUUCUCAUAAAAGGGAUAAUUAACAAAUUUAUUAUCACCCUGAAUAAGCUACCAAAUAAAAACUGUCCUUUGGA